CAUUUCUUAUUUUCCCCACCCCUCUCUGCCUCUCUACACCCAGCUCGCUUUGAAGGGAGGAAAUCUGCAGUUUUGCACAAGCACCAGCAGAUGCAGGCUGGGGAUGAAGUGAUUCACUGUUUGGAGAGACAGAGAAAGAGAGUGAGAGAGAGAGAGAGAGAGAGAGAGAGAGGGAGAGAGAGAGGUUGAGGAGUUUUACACCUCUGCACCGUUUCCUUUCUCAUCAGUUUUUCUGUUGUCAGCGUCUUGAUCUGAUUUGUGUCGUCUGUUCUCCUCCUCUCUGUCUCUCUAUCCGUCUUCUCCCUUCACUUGUUGUUCAGUUGUUACUGUGAUGGAUCUCAGGACUGUUAUGAUCAUCUCGACUUUUUUACUUACUGCUGAAUCCACAGAAACAUCAUCGAAGCCAGACCUCAAUGUGACCGCCAUCCCUACUCAGACCAACAGCACCAACAAAAACUGUUUGUGCCUUGCUGAUGUUCCAGCAACCACUUCUGCCCCCAUCGUCAACACCAGUAGCCCUGCACCCACCCUGGGCCUCCUCACAGUCACAUGGACGAAAGGAUGUGAAGGAGAUGUUCGUCUGAACAUCUACAGUCCCUCCAGAUCCUCCACACCUGUGUGUCACACCGACAACAAAAAUGUGUGGAAUUUUCUGGGAAAUGUGUGUCAGACCAAGACAGGUUGUGAAGGCCCGCCAAAUUGGAGGAAAGGCAGAAGAACAGAGAACAGUUUUCACAUCGGGGAGAGUGGAGCAGAGAUGAAGAGCAGCUGUUUGACGCUGAGGGUCGAAUGCACAGUCCGUCCAGAUACACAGGGGCAGCUGCAGGCCUACAAAGUGGUGACAGCUUUACUCUGCUGUGUACUGCUGAUCCUGUUACUGAUUCGCUUCACCAGACCCACCGUCAAAGUCCUGCAGAAGAGAUUAUCAGACAGAAGGCAGAAUCGAUGGAUUGGACCCACACAGAGUCACAGUGUGUCGUAUCAUCGAGGAAAAGCUGCAGUAAAAAACAACGACAGAGAGACAAGACUGUCCUACCCUGCAGCUCUGGAACGACUGGCAGUGAGUGACAGCAGAGAGCCUUCAUCCAACCGGAACAGUGAUUACAACUUCUGACAUGCCUCUUCAUCCUCAUCCUCAUCCUCACCAUCAUCUAUACAUGCGUUAACAUUAUGUUUACAAUCAUUUGUGAUCUUUUCUAGAUUGUAUCUUUGUGCACAAAUACAUCUUCAGUUUGUUGCUUACCAAGACAUUAUUCAUGAUUAUGGAAAAGUGAUCAUUCAUCUUUUGAUACACCUGCAUCUGCCACAACACAUACUGAAAAUUCAGUCAAACCAAUAUGUAUUAUUUAUAGCCAUGUAAAUAGUGGAAAGUAUUGUAUCAAUUGAGCUCUUGUUUUAUAAAUGAACAUUGAAAAUGACACCAUAACCUUAACUAAUUCUACCCCUUAUGAGACCCCUUGUGUUAAAAUAUGAUAUUUUAAUGGAACAUUACACUGUUUUGGGAAACACACUGUUUAACCAUUCCUGUACAUUGUGUUGUUAAAUUCCAUUCUCAGCAGUUAGCAUUGGAGCUAUGUCUUAAAUAAGAACCACAGGGGGCAAUGACUCUAUGUGGCAUCCAGCAAAUCCGAUUGAUGGUUGCUGCCAUUUUGGAGCUUCGCUCAGUGACUCUCAUAUGGUGAUUUGUUUGCUAACAAGCACCCACAUGUCAAUAAUACAGCUUUGGAGUUGGUAGAAGGUGUAUAUAUAUAUAUAAUUUUUUUUAUUUUUUUUUACGUUAGCUAAGCUUACAGUAUUCUCAUGGUUCAGAACUGCUCUAUUUGGAAAGCAUCAUGAGAUACCUUUUGUUGUGAUUUAGCACUGCAUAUAUAAAUUAAAUUGAACUGAAUUGCUUAGUGAGGCUAAACACAUUCAGGACCUACAAUGCUAGAUAAACAGCAAUAAAGCUGAGAAACUCACAAAUGAUGACAGCAAGAGUAGUUUCCAAAAUUUUGGAAUGUUCCUUUUAUAAAACAAUAAAAUCACGAAAACUUUAGUUUAUUCGAUUUCAUCUGAAUCACCGAAUUAUAAUAAUAGUAAUAUAACAAAUUUUAUUUUUUUUUGUUUGUGACUUCUGAUGAGCAUUGCAAACUGUUUAUAUUCAAUAAAAAUGAUCUAAGUUGUA